AUGUCGUUUAAAACUGUUGUAAGAAGCUUUCGGACGCUUAGCUAUGUGGGAAGUUAUAAGAAGAUACGAGACCGACCUUACAAGUUCUACUGUGCGGCAUUAAUUGGGACGGGUUUCGUAGCUUACAGCCAGAUGAAACGUAACAGGGCAGAAAUGAAAGAGAUAAUACAGCUGAAGAACUACAUGGCAGAACCGAUCACGCCACUGGCCCAGUUGGAGAAGAACCAGGACGACAUGAAAACGCAGAUGGAGCUGCUCAUCAUGAGAAUACAGGCAGAGUUCUGUAGGGCCCUGGAAAAAGAAGAGGAUGAGGCAUGGGAAGACGAAAAGACGGUCGACGAUUUUGAUUUCGACAGCGAUAUGUUUGUGACCUCACCGGAGGCAAAGUUCAAAGUGGACAGAUGGACUAGAAACGAGGGCGGUGGCGGAAUCACUUGCGUGCUGCAAGACGGCCGAGUGUUCGAGAAGGCGGGCGUGAACAUUUCCGUGGUCUCCGGGAAACUGCCACCGGCGGCAGUGCAGCAGAUGAGGAGCAGGGGCAAGAAAUUGGAGUCGGCCGAGCUGCCGUUCUUCGCUUGCGGCGUGAGCGCCGUCAUCCACCCUCGGAACCCGAUGGUGCCCACAAUCCACUUCAACUACCGCUAUUUCGAAGUCAGGGAUAAGGACGGCGUACAGUGGUGGUUCGGUGGCGGAACAGACCUGACCCCUUACUACCUGAACGAGGAUGACGCGGUCCACUUCCACCUGACGCUCAAACACGCAUGUGACUCCCACGACCCCACCUAUUAUCCCAGGUUCAAGAAGUGGUGCGACGACUACUUCACGAUACCGCACCGCGGCGAGAGGCGCGGCGUGGGCGGCAUCUUCUUCGACGACAUCGACUCGCCCAGCAAGGAGGAGGCGUUCGAGUUUGUCACGUCGUGCGCCGAGGCUGUCGUGCCCAGCUACAUACCCCUGGUGCAAAAGCACAAGGACGACGCGUACGGCUACCACGAGCGCCAGUGGCAGCUGCUGCGCCGCGGCAGAUACGUCGAGUUCAACCUGGUGUACGACCGCGGCACCAAGUUCGGCCUGCACACGCCCGAGGCCAGAUACGAGUCGAUCCUCAUGUCCCUGCCACUGAACGCGAAAUGGGAGUACAUGCAUGAGCCCAAGGAGAAUUCGCCGGAGGAGAAACUAAUGAAGGUCCUGAAGGAGCCCAGGGAUUGGCUAAAACUCGAACGAGCCACCGCA